AAAAAUCCCAAUACGUGUAAAUUAAUUGGUUUACGUGAAAGUUAUAGCGUCUACAAAUGGCGGGAAAGAUACUGGAUUUUUUUUUUGUUUAUACUAAUACUGGCGGUGAUCAGCGACUUAUGGCAGGACUGCGACAGACAUUGACACUGGGGGGAACUGACUUGGGGUCACUGACAUCCGCAGUGACACCAAUACAGUGAUCAGUGCAAAAAAAAAGCACUGACACUGUACUAAUGGCACUGGGGAGGAAGGGGUUAACAUUGGG